UAUAAAUAAUCAAGCACCUAGGCAUGCAGACUGCUUCUACAAACAUUUGUGAAAGAAUGGAUCUUUCUCAGGAGCUCAGUGAAUUCAAGCGUGGUAGAUUGAUAGGUUGCCACCUGUGCAAUAAGUUCAUUUGUGAAAUUUCGUUGCUACUAAAUAUUCAAUGGUCAACUUUCAGUGGUAUUAUAACAAUGUGGAAACAACUGGGAACAACAGCAACUCAGCCACAAAGAGGUAGGCCACGUAAAUUGACAGAGUGGGGUCAGCGCAUGCUGAAAGUGCGCAGAAGUCACCAACUGUCUGCAGAGUCAAUA